CUUUAUUACGUGACGCCACCAUCUGCCUUUGAAAGAAUGCACUCAGACAACUCUGAUCUAUCGCUCUUAGCAAGCGGCUCACAACUGUUAGCCGAAGAACCGCUUUCGUCAGCGGGCGCUGGUGGCGACGACUUAUCCGUAUCUGAGCUCUCGCUGUCGGACCGGACUGUCACGACAGAGUCGAAACGAGCAUCGGACAGAACGCGAGAAAAUAAGCUUCAAAGCGAUCUCUUCAUCUUGAAGAAAUUGAAUGCGUCGAUGUCCUUGUUUAACGAAGCACUCGACAACACCGGGUCUGCUAAUGAGCGAAUAGCUCAGCAACUAGCGCAGACAGAUCAACUACUGAAUAAAUACAUCAAGACGCUAUCUCGGACGGAGGAUUUCGCUCGUCUUAUAUUCGACGAUGGAUGGCAUGGUGCCGACGCGGAUGAGGAGAUUAUAAUGCAAGAACGGAGGGAAGCCGAAGAAAAAGCACGUCGAGAGGCUGAGGAACGCGCCCUGGCUGCUCGGCGCGAGCGUGAACGUUUGGAGAGGGAAACCCAGAUUCGGCAUCAGCUGGAGGAGAAGGAACGUCUUGAACGUGAGAGAGCAGAACGGCUCGUUGCAAGAGGCGGCAUUCGCGGAGUUCGUGGUACGCGUGCAUCGAUGCGCGGUAUGAGAGGUGCUAGCGUUGCGACGAGAGCAGCUCCCGGAACGAGUCGUGGUCGAGUCGCAGUUCAAACGACAACGGGACGUCCCUCAUCUGUUGCUGGCCGUGCUAGUGCUAUCCCUGGUCGCGGGAUAAGACGCAGCUGAUGCACUUAUUGAGGAUCUACUAUGCACGACUCUAUGAUAGAAGUGACACUUGUGUCGGUUACUCUCUACAUCAGCCCCAAUGAGGCUUAAGGCUAGCUUGCAGAGAUCUUCGAGGAGGUGGGAGAAUUUAUUUAGAUGCUAGGGCAUAACGAAUACUUUAUUCAUGUCUCUACAUGUAUAUAUACAGGUGUAGCUCGUCAAUAAAGGUUUUCAUAGAUAUACUCUGGUAUUCAACGAAUGAUUUUUAACGCAUACGGGCGUAUCGGUCCGAGCGGACCGUUAUUAUGUGAUGUGACGCACCUCUGAUCUCGUCACAAAAAUUUGAAAAAUUUAC